AUGUUAGUUACAGCUUCAUCACCAACUGAUUCCGAUUCAACCACUUCUAAAAAUUCCAAUUCCAACUCCAACCUUAAAAGAUCAGAUUCAAAUUCUUCAACAAAUUCUUCAUCUUCCAAUAUCUCUUCAGAUUAUGAUAAUUAUUUAAGGAUUGCAACUGAUAAAAACCCUUGUAUUCUUUUAGAAUUGGAAUUGGAUGGUUCAAUUAGAUAUAUCUCAAAAUUAUGGUAUAGUUUGAUUUCCAAACAAUCACCCAAAAAUAUCUCAAAUGUCAUAAUUUCUGAUAAUCAUCAAGAUUUAAUGGUAUUCCAAACUGUAAUGAGAAUGAUGCUAACAAAUAAAAAUGCUUGUUAUACUGUGACUUUCAACGUGGCAAAAGAUGAUAAAAAGAUUCAUGAAAAUAUAAAUGAAAAUCCAAUUGAUUAUGAAUGUAAUGAAUCAACUUUUAGAAAAUCGUCUAUAGCUCUCUCUUCAACUGUUCAACAAGAUAAUAUAACCACUUUAGAAGCUUGUGGGAUUCUAUUGAAUAAUAACGAUAAAGAUUCAAAACCAUAUUCCAUGUGGAUCGUCAAACCUUACUUCCAAGAAUGGUAUAACAAUGGUGAUCUCACAAAUAUUUUACCACAAGAUUUCAUUAAAAAUUUAGGGUUUGGUGCAACCAUUUUUGCUGAAUAUUUAAAUAAGUUAGAGACUCUUGGUAUAGUGGAUGAAUCUCAACUCCCAGAUCCAAAUAUGGAAUUGUGUCGAGUUUGUGAAUUGUUUGUUCCAGAUUGGUGGUUGGAAACUCAUUCUCAACUUUGUAUUUGUGAACAUAAAAUUCAAUCAAGGUUACAAUUAUUACACGAUAAUUUAAUAGAACAGUAUUCUUUAUUAGAAAACGUAGAGAAUUUACAUGAAUAUAAAGGUAUAAAAUUAGAUCCACAUCCUUUAAAUAUCCCGGAAAGAUUCCGUACUCUUUUGAUGAAAUUAUGCCAAUUUGCAAUAGAUUUAAAUUUAACUGAUAGUCGACGUAUUGAAAUUGAAAAUAUGUUUGCUCCAUCACCUAUUCAAUUACAACAAUAUUUUUCUAAUCCAAAUUCCAAUCCACAUUCCAAUUCUAAUUCUAAUUCUAAUUCAACAACUAAUUUACUUCGAAAGCAAUUAUCAAAUUCAAUACUAAAUGCUAAAAAGGGAGCCCUAGAGACAACUUCAAAUCAAGUUCAAGAUUUAUCAAGAGAAGAUAACUCAAAAAUUCCAGUAUCUAGACCCCAUUUGAGAUCUUAUCAAUCUUCAGAAUCAAAUUCUCCAUCUCCAUAUCAACAAGUUCAUAAAAAACAAAAGGAAAAUUCAAAAUAUGAUUCAAGAAAGCAUAACACUAAUAGUAAUGAUAAUAACACUAUUGAGACUAAAUUACUCAACCAUGGUAAUGUACUUUUACCAACUCGCUCAACUUUAAAUCUACCGACUAUUUCAAAUUUUAUUCCACAUUCUGAAUCACUUUCUCCUCAAGCUAUUCCAAAUGAUAAAAGAACUAAUAAAAAUUUAAAUAACAUUAAUACAACUCUUGAAGAACCUUUCCAUUCAAAUACUAUAUCAGAUUCAAAUAUUAAUUCGGAAACAUUAGAAAAUCCAUUUUGUUCAAAUGGGUUUACUGAAAAUACAAAGACUUAUAUUGAUGAAAUUCAAAAUUGGAAAAAUAUUUUAAAUGAAAAAUGUUGUCCUAAUGACAAUGAUAAUAAUACUAACAAUGAAAAUACUUUUUAUUCUAUUCUAGAAGGGAAAAUUUGUAAAUUAAAUGAGUUACAAGAUCCAAACGUUAGAACUCUAGCUCAAGAUACUUUGAAUUUGGCAAGAGAUAAAAUUGAUGCAAUCUUAAGAUUAGAUAACUCUAUGAUUUACUCCUUAAAAUUGAAAAAUCAAAUUAAUAUGCAUGUUAUUCAAUUAAUUCGAGAACAACUUAAUAAAAAUAGGCAACAAAGCGUGGUAACAAUUAAUAACUCAAAUUCAACACAAUCCUUUAAUUCAAUUAUACAUAAUUCCCAAAAUGUAAACUUCAAUAUUAUCGAUGCUGAUCGCACUAUUAUUGAUGACAGUUCUCAUUCUAAUUCAAAUAUAAAUAAUGAAUAUAAUUACAUGACAGAUGAUGAAGAUCAUGAAUUUCUUAAUUCAUCAAAUAUUUCUUCUACGUUAUAUUAUCCUCAACCAAAGCGUUUACAACAUGAAAUUUUUUCCCGUGCAUAUUUACAAGAUGAUGCAAUUCCAAAUAACAAGUCAAAAACGCAUAGAACUUUAUCAAACAAGAGUACAAAAUCAAUAGCUUCUUCAACGGAUAAUGAAAAACAAUUUAAUUCGAAAUCUAUUAAUAAUAAAAAUAAUAAUAAUUCCAAAAAUAAUAAGUUAAACAACAAAAACAAUAAUGACAAUGAUAACGAUAACAAUAACGAUAAUAAUAUUAAUUCCAAUAUAGAUGUACAAUAUAAUCAUGAAAAUGCCAAUAGCCAAGAUACAUUAUGGCAGGCGCUAUCUAGAUCAGGAUCUGUUACACCAAAACAACAGAUGGACUUCAUCAAUGAUUCUACUCAUAAUAUCAAUAAAGGGAAUAAUAGUAACUCCUGUAAUAACUCAAAUCAACAAUUUAAUUUAUCAGGUCAACAUUCGAAUGUAGUGAGUAAAUUCUUAAAUAAUACUAAAUCUUCUUUAACAAGCACUACAACAUCCACUCCAGUAACAUACCCACCAAAUCCAAUUUCACUCUCUACUCCUUCUGCAUUUAAUACUCCCAUAUCAGGAUCAGUGUCCAUGAAGAGAAGUUCUUCUGCAUUAAACGUUCCUAAAUUGAAAACAAGUAUUAUGCUUACUCCUAGAAGAGGUUCGCCAUUGUUUACUUCAAUUGUUCCAGGACAAAUGCCAAAUCCAUUAACAACCCGCUCUAGUAGUUCUAAAGUUAGUGUAGAUAGAUCACCUGUGGUCUCACCAUUUCCUAGUUCAACUAAAGAAUAUCUAAUGACUCCAGAAGACAGAACAAACAGUAAUCAAUUUUUCCUUAAUUCCCCGAAACAACCACUAUCACCAUUACUAUUAGCCACUAACCAUAUCAAACCACCAAAACAAAGUAUUAGAGAUUAUGAUAUUAUAAAACCAAUUAGUAAAGGUGCUUAUGGUAGUGUCUUUUUGGCAAGGAAAAAAUUAACUGGUGAUCAUGUUGCCAUAAAAGUUUUAAAGAAGAAUGAUAUGAUUGCUAAAAAUCAAAUAACGAAUGUAAAAUCAGAACGUGCAAUUAUGAUGGUCCAAAGUAAUAAACCUUAUGUUGCAAGACUUUUUGCUACUUUUCAAAAUAAAGACAAUUUAUUCUUAGUAAUGGAGUACCUACCUGGGGGUGAUUUAGCUACUCUAAUAAAAAUGAUGGGCUGCUUACCUGAUAAGUGGGCCAAGCAAUAUUUAUCAGAGGUAAUCAUUGGUGUGGAGGAUAUGCAUAAAAACAAUAUUAUUCAUCAUGAUUUAAAACCAGAAAAUCUGUUAAUUGAUAAUGCAGGGCAUGUAAAAUUAACCGAUUUUGGUCUGUCAAGAGCAGGGUUGGUUCGUCGUCAUCAAAGAGCUCCAUCACGGAAAACUUUAAGUAUUUCGUCUACAACAAGUACACCAACUACGUUGCCAACUAUGCAAUUUCCUAACCAUGAUACUGUACCUGAAAACGUACAUACACCAGGGUCUGAUUCAAGAACGAGUAAUAGUAGUACUACAAACUCUCAUACAAUGAGAGCUAAUUCAUUAAAGGAAAGUACUGAACAUCUUAGUAACACUCGAUUAAUUAUUGACGGGUUGAUGCGAGAAAGGGAGAGAACAGAUUCCAUCUCAAGCACUCAUUCAAAUAGAGAUUGGAGUUCUAUGAUGAAAAGAACAGACUCCCAAACGUCUUUUUCAUUCUUGGAUAUUUCUAGAUCAAGUACUCCACCCCCACAAUCCUCAGUACCCUUACAGCAACAAGUAUUUAAUAUUCCACCUCAUACAAGAACUAAUUCAAACAUUUCAGAAGCUGUUGAUUCAAAUGCUUCAAUGGAUUUAGCCUUAUUCCACCCAGAAAGCACCAAACAAGAUAAAAAAUUUUUUGGUACUCCCGAUUAUCUUGCUCCUGAAACAAUUGAAGGUACUGGUGAAGAUAAUCAAUGUGAUUGGUGGGCUGUUGGCUGUAUUUUAUUCGAAUUUUUAUUAGGAUAUCCACCAUUUCAUGGAAAGACACCAGAAAUAGUAUUUCAAAAGAUUUUAAGCGGAUCGAUUCAGUGGCCAGAGUUUUCAACCUCUGAAGAAGAGGCAGAAUUUGUAACACCAGAAGCAAAAGAUCUAAUCUUAAAAUUUUUAGAAAGAGAUCCCUUGAAAAGACUUGGUUCUAAUGGAGCAACUGAAAUUAAAAACCAUCCGUAUUUCAAAGGUAUUAAUUGGGAGAAAGUUUAUGAAGAAACACCAUCAUUCGUUCCAACAGUUGAUAAUCCUGAAGAUACCGAUUACUUUGAAUCAAGAGGUGCAAUACUGGAAGACUUGGGUGGAGAUGAUGAUUCAGAUGAGGACGAUGAUAUACCCGAGCUUUUCCCUGCUGCAGAUUUGAAUUCUGCUACGUCUCCAACGCAUGAUGACCAUACUAAGAACUCACUUGGAUUUAAUUCUGUUAAACAGCACGGUGCUGAUCUUUCUAGUCCUCUGCAUAAACUGAGUAUUUCUUCUGUGCUGGAAUCUGUUAGUCAAAAAAAUGAUGAUAACAUUUCUCCUACUUUGUUUAAAAAUGCACCAUCAGCAAUACCACCGCAUAUGAGAGAGCGGAGAAGUACCAAAAAAUUAGGAGAACUUCAGACAGAGUUUGGGUCUUUCAACUUUAGAAAUUUGUCUGCAUUAGAUAAAGCUAACAAAGAUGCCAUCAAUAGAUUGAAAAGUGAACAUCUUGGUGAACAUAACUUAAAUAAAAAACUAUCAUCGGUUUCAUUACCUUCGACAUCUUCAGAUAUAUCAGGACUGAAAAUCAAGACAAACCAACACUUCAGUUCUGAUCUUUCCUCAGCCCAAAAAUCUUCACUCAAAUCUGAGGUGUCAUCCAUUUAUUCAAAUUCAUCAGAAACGAGACUUAAUACUGACACUGCACCAUCAUCUAGGAGAGGCAGUUUAAUAAACACGAAAAGUGGAAUUCACAGCCCCACCACGGCAAAUAUUAUGCAAUUCAAUGAUAUCGGUUCUGAUUCCCCAUCAAUACCAAAAUUUAAAUCUCCAUUAUCUCCAACCAUCAAUGCGACAAACUCUUCAGUAUUCCUAGGAACUGGAAAUUCAACUCCUAACAAUACGUUUUUAAAUAAUAGCAGCAGCAAUUCAGAUUACUCUCCAUUUGUAAACAAAUCUAGAAUGCUGUCCAAAAGCUCCUCACAAAGAACUGUUGGCAGUGAUGCUUUUACAGACGAUGCUGAUAAACUGUAUGCAAUAUCAAAAGUUAACUCAUUUCGAUACAGACGAAGAAGUGCAAGAAAAAGCUCAAACGGAAGUGGUAUAGGAUAUCAUCUAGAUGUAUUAUUAUGUGAACCAAUUCCUAUACAUAGAUAUAAAGCAACAAGAGACUUAGAAAGUUUAGGUUGUACUGUAGUCAGUGUCGGUGCUGGCGAUGAGCUAGUAAGCAGAGCAAACGGUGUUAUUAAAUUUGAUCUUAUUAUAACGGCUUUGAAACUACCGAAGAUAGAUGCUGUAGAUAUUGUAAAAUUAAUCAAGCAAACAAACGGUAUCAAUUCAUUGACACCUAUUAUUGCUGCAACAAAUUACACACAAGAAGCAGAAACAUGCCAUGUAUUUAAUGAUAUUAUGGAAAAACCAAUUCAGUUAGACAUUUUAAGAAGAGUUGUAUCAAGGUAUGCUCUCCAAAAAAGCCAAAUCGAAGAAGAUAACGUCUUAAGCGAUAUGGAAGUUAUCUAA